UAUAACUAUCUACCUACUUCAGGUGCGGAUGUAUAUUCAUUUUUUAUCAAAGAAAUAUGUACAAUGCUUCUUUAAAAAACCUAUACGGACAUACAGUUAUACCUAUUGUAUUUCUUGCAUAUUGGUCUUAUGAUGAUUUCAGUAACAUGUAAAAAUUAAAAUUAAGAAUGAAAUGUAUUUAUUCAUGGAAUACAAAAAACUCAAAAAAUAUGUGUUGCAAAUGAAGUAAACUUGUCCCGUUCUGUUUUAUUUCCGUAACAACGCUAGUCAACAAAUUACUUUUUAUAGAAACGAAAGUAUUAUAUCAUAUUUUUAUUAUUUUCAUUUUCAGUUUUGAAUAAAUAUAGACGAUAAAAAGUUGUAUUUUAUAAUAUAAUAUUGUAUCCACAACGAUGAUAGACUUAGGAGUAUUUAAUUUCUUAUCAGCGAUGAAAAACCGCCGGCAGUUUGUGCGGCCCGUAGAGGAGAGUAUUUCUCCGAUAGUGGACAUUGCGAUGAAAGCGAACAAGAUCCAGCGAGACGACCUACAACCGUUGGAAGCACUGAGGACACGCAUUGCUUACGCAUUAAAGCAGAUCGACAAAUUGGAAAUUAGUAGGCACAGGGCAGCAGUGGCUAUGCGAUUGGAGUAUUUGGAUUUGAUGGAGGAUAGACGUUUGUUGAUGAAACUGAAAAACAAAUCACCAGUUUCAAGGAGCACACAGACAUUUAAUGAAAAGAAACCAUGUCGAGUCAGGUUUGAAAUACCUCCAGUGACAUGGGAAGAAGAGACGAUGCAACAGAUGUGGCUGUACCCAAAAUCAAUAACACCGUAUUUAACAAAAAUUUGCGUCAUUUCAAAGUUUAUUUUGAUGCAUUUAUCAAAUCCAGUUAUACUGCGCAAAAUAGCCAAAAAAAUAUAUGUUGGAUUUGGAAAACUUAUUCAAAUAACAACGACAGUUGAUGUUCCAAACAACACUACUACGAUUAACUUCAGAGGUUUUCCACGACAUUCCACAUAAAUUUGUAAAAUUAAGGGUUAAAAAUUGAAAAACAAUUUGCAACUUAUAAUCUACUCUCCAGAUGGUUUCAACGUUAUAAAUAGAGGUAUUUA